GCAAAUAUUUGUGGGCACUUUCAAUUACUUUGGGCCUUCAGAACAAAAAAACAAAAAAAAAAAAAAACAAAAAAAAAAAAAGAGAGAAAGAGAGAAAGAGAGAGAGGGACAGCCCAUUAUUGACUAGUCUCUCAGAUACAGGAGGGGACAGGAGAUGGGAGGGCAGGGAACAAGAUGGAAGGACUCAAAGGAGAUGGAAGAAUAUGGAAAGGGUGAUGGAGGAGACGGAAGGAGAUGAAAGGACAUGGAAGGAUAUGAAAGUAGGUGGAUCACGGUGGAGAUGGCAGGAGGUCAGACGAUACAUGGCGAUGGAGAUGGAAGGAAGAUUAAAGGAGAUGGAAAUGGAGAUGAAAGGAGAUGGAGAUGGGAGAUGGGAGAUGGGAGAUGGGAGGACGCAAGGAGAUGGAGAUGGAGAUGGAGAUGGAGAUGAUGGAGACGGAGACGAAUUGGAGAUAGAGAAGGAAAGAGAUCGAAGGCGAUGGAGAAUGGAAGGAGAUGGAAGGAGAUGGAAGGAGAUGGAAGGAGAUGGGAGGAGAUGGGAGGAGGGGAGGAGAUGCAGACAACAGAGAUAAAUUGGAGAUGGAGAUGGAGAUGGAGAUGGAAAGAGAUUGAAGGCCAUGGAGAUGGGAAAAGAUGGAAAUAAUGGAAGGAGGCAGAAGGAUAUGGAGGGAGAUCUGGAAGAGGAGAUGGAAGGAGAUGGGAGGACGGGAGGAGAAUGAAAGACACGGAAAUGG